AUGAGCAUCAGCAAGGACCUGCUUGGCCUUGAUAGCCUCGACACGCUCCCUGUGAUAUCCAUCUCUGCUUCACAGUCCCUGAAUGCAUCGUCUGCUGUUCGAGAAGCCAUCAGCACCGGGCUGCCGCGUCUAGAUGAGGCCUUGGACGACUCGUCGAGCGAUGAGCCGCGACGCUCAGGUGGAAUUGUUCGCGGCCACGUUACAGAGGUGUUUGGUCCGCCAGGUGUAGGCAAGACGUCCUUUGCGCUCACUGUUGCAUCUCAAGCACUCCGCGAUGGUGGCAAAGUCGUCUGGAUCGACACGGGCUCCCCUCUGGCCACAUCUCGCCUCAAAUCUCUCAGCUCAGAAAACCUAUCUCAACUAACCUACUUUCGAGCCCCAACCCUGCCCCAUCUCCUCGCCCUCCUCAUCCGUCCACCCCGCGGCUUCCCUCCCCCCGACACCAGCCUCAUCGUCAUCGACUCCAUCUCCAGCCUCUUCCCAGGCUACUUUCUCAGCGCCGCCGAGCUCAAGGACCGUCUCGCCCAGGGCAAAAUCACCGACAAGCCCCAGCUGCAGUGGCUCCUCAAUCGCAAAUGGAACGUCAUCGGCGAUAUCGCCUCGCAUCUCACCCGAUUGGCGGCGCGUAAUGUCGCCGUGCUGGCGCUAAAUCAGACGCAUACCAAGAUCAAGGGCCAGCCGCGGGCGACGUUGCACCCCGUUGUUGCGGGUGGGGUGUGGGACACGAAUGUGCAGACGCGCAUCGUGCUGUAUCGCGAUUUACCGGAUUGGCGCUUUGCGGAGGUGACGAAGAGGGCGGGGAAGACGAUGGUGGUCCGGUUGACGGAGUUGAUUGUGCCCUUUCGGGUUGGUGAUGACGGUCUCGAGGCUGUUGGGGAGCCUCAAAGUCCGGAACCGAUUGUGCCGACUCCCAGCCGGAAGCGCAAGGCCGAUAAUGAAGUGGCAGAUAGCCAGGAUGAAGAUUCCGAUGAAGAGUACGAAUGGCUGGGUGAUGAUGCCCUCUUAGAUGAGAAGGAAUGA